AGCCCACACAUAGAUCAAUGCCACCAUUCUCCAACAAGGGCACUACAUAGUGCAUUUGCCGCCUUCCAAUGGUCGAGCAGCUGCACAGUGAUCAAUCAGUCUAUUUGAGUCGCUGAUGCUGUCUGAAACGCGGCCGGGAGCUUCUCAAUGAAUUGACAGCGUCCAAGUGUGGCUGGGUCUUUUGGGGGACAUGAACAAGGAGCUUGUAAUCAGGAAGAGGAUCCAAAGCAUUUACAACAAGGAGCGGGAAGACUUCCAAGAGUUGAAGGAGUACAAUGACUACCUUGAGACCAUAGAAGACAUCGUCUUCAAUCUUGUUGAGGGCAUUGAUGUAACUGCGACUGAGGCCAGUGUGGCCCGCUAUCAAGAAGAGAAUCAGGAGCAGAUUCUCUCGUCACACGCGCGGAAGGCAAGUGAAAAGGCAGCAAACUUGAAGGCCCAGAGGGCUGCUGUCGAGCCAUCUGUUGAGGAACUCGAGGCGGAGCAUGAAAUCCAUGGCAGUGCCGAGCGAUCCGGCGGUAUGCAAUAUGCCCCUUCCGCUCUGGGGCAUGCGCAGCCCCCAGCUGUCCCAUUGCAGCCUACCCCUGUGGCGCAAGCACGACAUGUGAAUGGAGACUCUGAAGGGUUGGAUGAUGAGAGCCGAAGACUACGGACAGAGUUGGCUGCGAAGGCAGGUGGAUACGUGUCUGCCUUUGCAGUACGACGAGCAAUUGACGAGGCUAUGGCGAGCAUUGCAUUGUGAAACUCGAGCAUGCAGAUAUAGUGAGUGAGGCACUCGUUGACAUGUCUAAGGUCUGAUGCUGGCUUCCGAGUUCGACACCAAGUAAAAUUCUCCAUGCUGUGGGCAAUCAAGCUAAUUGGCAGUAGCAGCUACACUGGCAAGCAGCAGGAGUUCCCUCUGAAUGCAGUGUAGGCUAUAUGCGUACAAUCAACAAGAUCAGAGCACGCAGCUUGGUCGUUUUAGUGUAUGCUGACUCAACUUUGUAAGGCCCUUCUGCCACUAAGAUGCUGUUUACAUCAAACAUAGCCUGGCCUUCUCCUGCAGAGUAUAUUAGUAAGAUAGAGUGCCCGUUCUUGGCGACAAUGAAACGGUGGGUGGUACAAGUACAUACGAUUCAACAAUGUUAGAUGCUAGGUACUGGCCCCGGUGCCUUCUACAUCGCA